GACGUAUAUUGUAUAUAUAUAUAUAUAUAUGUAUAUAUAUUUUGUAUAUCGAGAUAUAGUUGCAUUAGUACACAAAACAUGUCGUUCUUGCCACAAGCUGGUCGACGUUAUUCGCGUCUGCCGACGCCGGACUCGAUGCUCAAAUUGGUGCAAGCCUCGGAGAACAGCAUGGAGGAAUCCGCUCUGGAGUUCUAUGAGAAGUGUAAUCUGACCUGGCGUGCUCAGUACACGAAUCCCGGGCUCGCCCGCCUGAGCAUCGGCACCGAGUUUCUGCCCGCGAAGAGUGGCAAGCGACAGAAGUCGUCACAGUACACAACGAACGGCGAUACGGACUCGGAGAAUCAACAGAAUGGUUGGUCUUGUUUGGUCAAUCGCUGCCGCAUCUAAAUGCUGCCGGCCAGCGACUGAUCAGUCCAAAGGGAUCCGGCUGCUCUUUUAUAUGUAUAUCUGUGGGCCUUUUAUCACGCUCGACGCUCGACCGUUGCGCUCUUCAGAUCUCGCUCGCUCACGCUCUUGUGUUCUCGCUCACACUGACGUUUCUUUCUGUGAAAUAAAU